CAAUUGAGUGAGUGUGUGUGUGUGUGUGUGAGAGUGUGAGUGUGUGUAUGUAUGUGUGUGAGUGUGUGUAUGUAUGUGUGUGCGUGUGUGAGUGUGUGUAUGUAUGUGUGUGCGUGUGUGAGUGUGUGAGUGUGUGUAUGUAUGUGUGUGUGAGUGUGUGUAUGUAUGUGUGUGAGUGUGAGUGUGUGUAUGUAUGUGUGUGCGUGUGUGAGUGUGUGUAUGUAUGUGUAUGUGUGUGUGUGCGUGUGUGAGUGUGUGUAUGUAUGUGUGUGUGUGUGUGCGUGUGUGAGUGUGUGUAUGUAUGUGCUUGUGCCUGUCUUGAGUGUGAGUGUGUGUUUGUGAGCGUGUGUCUAUGUGUGGGGACAUUCAUACAAGUUAUAAUCUUCGGGUAUGUGUCAGCGAUUCCACAUGGAAUCCAUUCUUACGGCCGGAGUGUACAGUCUCAGGAGCUGGGAGAGUGAGACAGCUUGUGUUACUGUGCUGAACAAGCUGGCCACAUCCACUCUCCCCCAUGAGAGCCAAACCAACCUUUGACGGGGUGGGGAGACGGUAACACCGGGUUAGUUAUUCAUAUCUCAUGAAUAUGGGAUCAUGAUCAGGAUUUGAGAUUUAAUGUCAAUGUUGUGGUGUGGAGUUUGGGUUCAGAGUUUGUGACAAGGUUCUGUGUCAGAGUGUGAGUGUGUGUCUAUCUGUGUGUGUGAUUGUUUGUCUACCUGUGUGCAUCGAUGUGUAUGUGUGUCUAUUUGUAUGCGUGUGUGUCUGUCCAUCUCUCUGAGUCUAUAAGAAGUAGGUGUAGCCAUCUGGCCUGUCGAGCCUGCUCUGCCAUUCAAUAAAAGUGAGUGUGUGUGUCUGUGUCUGUGAGUGUGUGUGUGUCUGUCUGUGGGUGAGUGUGUCUGUGAGUGUGUCUGUGUGUGCGUGUGUGUGUCUGUCUGUGGGUGAGUGUGUCUGUGAGUGUGUCUGUGUGUGUGUGUGUGUGUCUGUCUGUGGGUGAGUGUGAAUGUGAGUGUGUGUGUGUGGGUGAGUGUGUCUGUGUGUGCGUGAGUGUGUGUGUGUGUGUGUGUGUGUGUGGGUGAGUGUGUCUGUGUGUGCGUGUGUGUGUCUGUCUGUGGGUGAGUGUGUCUGUGAGUGUGUCGGUGUGUGCGUGUGUGUGUGUGUCUGUGUGUGUGUCUGUCUGUGGGUGAGUGUGUCUGUGUGUGUGUGUGGGUGAGUGUGUGUGUGUGUGUGUGGGUGAGUGUGUCAGUGUGUGUGUGUGGGUGAGUGUGUCAGUGUGUGUGUGUGUGGGUGAGUGUGUCAGUGUGUGUGUGUGUGGGUGAGUGUGUCUGUGACUGGCUUUAGGCUACAUUGCACAACCUGUUGGAGAGUCAGUGAUGUGUCAGAUGGAACGCUGACCAGGGUGUGACCAAGCUCUGAAGGCUGUGUUCUGGGUAUUUGGAGCUGCAGCCUGUUUAUAAACCUUGGCUCUCUGGAGAAACUAAAGACCAAUGAUCAUAAUAAGCUAAAUGUUGACAAGAAAAGGCAGAAGUAAACAGGAUAUUCAUGGAUACCUCCUCCUCCCCACCUAACCCUCCUCUGAAAUACAAUUCUUUCCUCUCUGUAGCCUUUCCCGUAACAUCCCCCCUUGCAAACCCCUGCCCUUCCACUCCAAUUCCUGCUACCCCUAAUCCCCUUGCCCUCCCUUUGGCCCACAAUCUAUCCUCCACCCCUCCAGCUCUUCUUCCCACACCCUGUGAGGGUCAGCCAUUUCUUCCUGAACCAUGUUACUAAUUGCCAUUCGGGCUAAGCUCCCUCAGUUCACCACUGGUGAGAAGGCUUUCUCUGUCUGGGACUGUCCCAUCACUCGAAGGGCUGGCUGCCGUCGCAAGACUCCUCUCCCCUCUCCCAGGUUUGCUGAUGUUGGAGGGGGGAGCGGAGAUAUCUGGUCCUGGCCAGGAGGUGCAGAGCGCAGGCUUUCACGGGGGUGUGAUGGGAGUUGGAGUGGAGAACGAGGGGGAUCUUAUUGAAACUUAUUGCAUAUUAAAAGCUGAAGGGUCCCGGCACGAAACGUCAACAGCGUUUCUCCCUAUAGGUGCUGCCUGGCCUGCUGUGUUCCACCAGCAUCUUGUGUGUGUGUUGUUGUUUGCAUAUUAAAAGCCCUAGACAGAGUGGAUGUGGAGAAGAUGGUUCCUAUACUGGGGCAGUCUAAGAGUAGAAGGUACAGACUCAGAGUAGAUUCAAUUUAGAACAGAGAUGAGAGGGGAUUUCUUUAGCCAGAGGGUGGUGAAUCAUUGAUACAGACAGCUGUGGCGGCCAAAUCAGGGUAUAUUUAAAGCAGAGGUUGAUGGAUUAUUGAUUCGACAGAGCGUCAAUAGUUUUGGGGAGAAGGCAGUCCUUCUCCCCAAAAUACAUAAUGCUUCCCUCAGAAGAACCCUCCCCAUAUGUGUAAAAUCAGUGGAGACAAAUGUGAGUUCCUUCUGGUCAGAAGCAGGAGAGCAGGAGAAUUUAAAAUGGGGAACACAGGAAGUGCGGAGCAAUUGAACAAAUACUUUCAUGCAACGCACACAAAAUGCUGGAGGAACUGAGCAGGCCGGGCAGCAUCUAUGGAAAACAGUAAACAGUCAACGUUUUGGGGUCUUGGACUGAAAAGUCGACUGUUUAUUCCAUCAAUUCUUUUCCUGACCUGCUGAGUUGCUCCAGUGUGCUGUUGUGUUGUUUUGGAUUUCCAACCCUUGCAGAUUUUCUCAUGUUUGAAAUGCUUUCACUUUGUCUUCACACAGUAAACCACAAGUAACUUCCCAGAAAUGCUGCGGAACCAAGGGGCUAAUCAAAGACAUUAAUUUUAUUUAAAGCAAAGGCUCUUCACUCAGAGAGGGGAAUGAGAUGCCAGCCAUGAAGAAAACUGUUGGAGUGAUGACAAAAGCAGGCGUGCGGGGAAGCCAGGCUCCUCCCUCGGUAUUGCAGCCACCCCAAGCUGGACGCUCACUCCGCAGACCCACACAGCACAAUGAGGUAAAGAGUCGAAGCUUUGCUGAGGUCACCCCAAAGAGCAAAGCUCAGACAAAGAGUCUGCAAGUGACAGCGACAUCCAUUACGACCAAGGCCAGGAGUCCAGGGACCCUAUCGUCAGGCCGAGCCACUGCUCCAAUCCGCAGGGAGAUGCCAAAGGAACCCAUUUCCCAGGGUCAGGCUCACCGGGUGGGGCCGGUCCCCAGGGAUCAGUGGUUGCAGGGUCCCAAGAAUCUGAGACCACCAGAGGUGGCCAGAUCCCGACUGAAGGUCUGCCCAGCACACCCCACACUGGAAAGAGGGGGUGUGAGGUCCCGCAGGAAAACCAGCAGCUUCUCCCAGGGGCCCCCGACCCUUGACCCCUCACCCUCCAACUCCUGCCCUGCCAUAGAUCUGCCUUCUGAACCUUCAAACUCCAACCCCCCGACUUCCAACUCCUGUACUGCCGAAGAUCUGCCGUGUGAUCUCCUGACCUCCAACCCUUUGCCCACUGACCCCGACCCUGCCAAAAACAUGUCCUCUGACUCCCUGACCUCUGCCUCCCCUCCCUCCAACCCCUUGCCCUUCAAACAUUUGGCCUUUUACCCCCUGACUUCCAGCUCCUUCUCCUUAUACCAUGUCAGUGCUGAUAACUCCAACCCAGGAUCAUUAUCUGUGUGUGGGGAGGGGAACCACUCUCCCCCGGUGGUCUGGACCCCUCAGUUUCAGGGUCUAGGCCAGGGGAGGGAGCUAGGGUCCAAGCAGCAGCUUACAGCCUGUCCAGAAUGGUCCAGGAAUCUCAGAGAUCAAGGGGGGGUCGAAGACUCAGUGGGAAGUCAUAGUGGUGAGGCAAGCACUCCUCAGGCAGAGAAACACAGAGCAACGCAGGUUGGGGAAUGCGGUACGAUGGAAGCUGGGGAUUGCAGAACAGUGCAGGGUGAGGACUGUGGAACAGCACAGGCAGAGGAACGCAGAGCUGCACGAGCUGGGAAACCAGAAACAGCGCAGGCCGGGGAAUGCGGAGAAACGCAGACAGAGAGUGGCAGUGCAGCGCAGGCCAGGGAAUGCGGAGAAGCGCAGACAGAGAGUUGUAGUGCAGCGCAGGCCGGGGAAUGCGGAGCAGCGCAGACAGAGAGUUGUAGUGCAGCGCAGGCCGGGGAAUGUGGAGAAGCGCAGACAGAGAGUUGUAGUGCAGCGCAGGCCAGGGAAUGCGAAGCAGCGCAGAUAGAGAGUUGUAGUGUAGCACAGGCCGGGGAAUGCGGAGAAGCGCAGACAGAGAGUUGUAGUGCAGCACAGGCUGGGGAAUGCGGAGAAGCGCAGACAGAGAGUUGUAGUGCAGCACAGGCUGGGGAAUGCGGAGAAGCGCAGACAGAGAGUUGCAGUACAGCGCAGGCCGGGGAGUUUGAAACAGCACUGGCAGAUGGAAGUAGUACAGUGCAGUACCGGGAUCGUGGAACAGUGGCAACCAGAGACUGUGGAUCACUGCAGACUGUGGAAUGCAGAACAGUACAGGCCAGCAAGUUGUUCGGCAUCAGUGAGACCAGCACUGAUGGGGAGCGGUCAAGCACUGGGCGCUCGAAGCAUGCAGAGUGUGACCAUGGGGAGUGUCCGCACACGGAGAGUUCGGCAAUGGGAGCAGCAUCGCCGGAACCUGGCUCUCAGCCCCUGGAACACAGCUACUCACAGGUGGAUUGUGGAGGACAUGGUGGAAAUGGAGGGAAGGAGCAGCAGGUGAAGGAGCUAGAGGAGACGGUCUUCGAGUUGAGGGACCAGUUGGAACAACAUCAGGCUGUGCGCCUGCACAACGAGAGGACCAUCGAGCAGCUGGAGUGUAAAGUGAAGUCUUUGGAAAACCAGAACCUGGAACUGGGGAAACAGCUGAAGAUGUCCAACAGGAAAAUGAAGGAAGAGGAGGAGUGGCGAUAUUUCCAGGCUGACCUGCAGACAGCGGUAGUGGUGGCCAACGACAUGAAGUGCGAAGCACAGGAGGAGAUGCGGGAGCUGAGGAAAGAGCUCCAGGAAGAGAGGAGGAAAACCAAGCAGCUGCACAGGGAGCUGGCUGCCAUUCGGGCUCUCAGGUCCAAUCCUUCCCUGCAGUGAAGCUGGUGACAGAGAUACAGAGCAGCUGUGGACCAGGGGCAGAUGUUCCCUCUCACCCUCACUGUAGACCAGGAGAAGAACUGACCUCUCACCCUCACUGUGGACCAGGGGAAGAUCUGACCUCUCACCCUCACUGUGGACUGGGGCAGAUCUGCCCUCUCACCCUCACUGUGGACCAGGGGCAGAUCUGCCCUCUCACCCUCACUGUGGACAGGAUUUUCCAGGGAUCCAGAGCAAAUAUGAGAAUAAGACCUCCUCUCACAGUGCUGGGCACUGGCAGCAGUCUCCCUGAGCCACACCCUGUAUACGGCCACAUCAAACAAGCCUGAGGAAGCCAUUGUCAGCUGCUGGCACUAUGAUUAGUUAAUGUAAAACACAGGAUACAGAGACCAGUGCAGACCAGCUGUUCCUGCACAGCACUGGACACAGAGACCAGUGCACUGGAUACAGUGGCCAUGUAGACCAGCUGUUAAUGCAUAUCCCUGGAUAUAGAGGUCAGUAUCAGAAUCAGGUUUAUUAUCACUGACUCAAUGACCUGAUCCUGAGAGUUGAAGGAGGUGAACAGAGUGGAUGCACCAGCUUUUAUUUUCCAAAAUUCUAUUGUUUCUAGAACAUUCCUACAAACUGAAGAAGUUUAUUUUAAAUCAUAACGUGCAGUGUACAGAGAUGAGCCUGUAGCCAGGUUGAGGUGGGUAUCUCUGGGUUGAGAGAGGGAGGUUGCCUUCCUGGCCAAUGUUAGCGACUUUGCCAGCAAAGUCUAAAUACUAAAUCAUACUAAAUACAUUUCAAAAAACAAAGCAAAUGCCAGAAUCUGUUAUUUGUGAAGCGACGGGGCAUUAGGAAAACAGCAACAAGGCCAUACACGAUCAACAUGACUUCAUAGGUGGCAAUUUAGAGAGCAAAUCAGGGACAAUCAGCUGAGUGAGAGAUGUCUGGACAUUUGAAAUCUUUCAAUAAAAUGUCACAGGAGAUGAACACCCUGGAGUAGUAUACUGGCAUGGAGUCAGCAGAAAAGGGUUGUGAGCCUGUGACCAUCGCUUGGCCUGGGACAAAAGGAUGUAGUGCUGGACAUCCAAGCAGGCACAGACUACUGGAUUUAGCAGCCAGAGAUCCAAAGCUGGGGAUUAGUGUGGACCAUGGGGAGGAUGGGAAGAGGCAUCAGGGUGAUAGUGUGGACCAUGGGGAGGACGGGAAGAGGCAUCAGGGUGAUAGUGUGGACCAUGGAGAGGAUGGGGAGAGGCAUCGGGGUGAUAGUGUGGACCAUGGGGAGGAUGGGGAGAGGCAUCGGGGUGAUAGUGUGCACCAUGGGGA